GGCAAGAGAAGUGUUGGCGGUGCGCGGUGUGCAUGAGCGUUGCUGUGUCCGGUGCGCCCGUCGCCGUCGCUGCGUCGGCCACGUCUCCCCCUCCACGCGUAACUCCUCCAUCCUGCCGGGGGCGGAGAUAUAUAAAUACGCGAUCUUGAUCGGUGGGCAUGGGUGUCGUCUGAGCCACCUGCCGGGGGGCCGCGGGCGCCAUUGAAGAGAGCACGGUUGUUCGUGGCGGCCGGACGCGAUGUCCGUUGUGGCGGCGGCGGCGGCGGCCGUGGGGCCAGGCGCCGGGGCGGCGGCGUCUUACGGGAAGAUGUGCGGCGGCGGCGGCGGGGCGAGGAAGAGGAAGGACGUGGUUCUGGAGCAGGAGGCGGAGGCGGAGGCGCGGGGUGAAGGCGGCGGCGGCGUCGCGGCGCGCCGGCAGCCGCUCGCGGGGCUGUUCGUGCUGGAGACGGUGGAGGAGGCGGCGGAAGAGGAGAGGUCGUCCAUCGGCGCGGCGUCGGAGGACGAGGAGGAGGAGGAGGGGGAGGAGGCGGACAGCGGGGGCGGCGCACCGGCGGCGGCGAGGAGGAGGAAGGGCGGCGCGCUCGCGUGCAUGGACGCCCUCGACGACGCGCUCCCCGUCAAGAGGGGCCUGUCCAACUUCUUCUCCGGCAAGUCGCGGUCGUUCGCGAACCUGCUGGACGCGGCGUCGGCGGUGAGCAGCGCCCGGGACCUGGCCAAGCCGGAGAACCCGUUCAACAAGCGGCGGCGCGUGCUCCGGUGCUGCUCAAUCCGGCGGGUCGCGUCCACCUCGCUCACCGCGCUGCCGCCCUUCCUCCCGCCCACCACCGCCGGGAGCACCGGCGGCGACGGCGCCGCCGGCAGUGGCUAGCUGAAGGACGACGGUGCAGAUCGAGGAGGAAGACAAGGCGAUGCACGCAAUGGAUGGAUGGAUCGAUCCUUGGUGAUAGUUUAGGAUCCCGUCUCAUCGACCAUGGUAUACAUACAUACUUAAUUAGUGCUAGGUGUUAAUUAAAAUUUCUUCUUUGUUUUAGUUAGACACCAGCAAGCAAUCAACAAGCACCUGUUCGUCGUAGCUUAAAUUGCAUUUGGCAUUCAGCUGACCUCCAGAUCCCAAUCCAAGAGAGCCUGCGUGAGCACCAGACAAGAGUAGUGGUGUGCAUGGUGCUACCUGCUGUGAUCCCAUUGGAGGAAGAGAGAGAGCUGGCCUGGUUGGCUCCUCCACCAAGCUAACCUUUCUGAAGAAGUGUAUUUUAGUUCCCUUUUUCCAUCCUAAUCUGUUCAUUGGUCUUAGUGCGUUGCAUACUCUAAUAAUCCUAAUUACUCCCAUUUCUAGCAAGCAGUAGCAUUAGUGUACAAGAUCAGCCUAGCCUUUUUAUUUGGCGACUGAAAGAGCAAGAUGGAUCAGGCCAUUCCUCUUUUACUAUCAUUUUUGUUUCUUUGAGGGCUUCAAAGGUGGUGGGGAUGGGGAUCAGGUUCAACACUGAAGCAGAAUGCCGUGGGCAUGCCAAAUAAAACAAGUUUGUUCGCGUAA